CAUCGUGUCGCCGAAGUCGACAUCGACCGUACAAUUUCGACGACUGCUACACUGGCCCCCAACUAUCUGUCGUGAUAUUUAACGGCCCUAUAGUUAUUACUGCCAUCAAUAACGUACUCUCGUCAACAAAGCUACUGACUGUACCAUGCCCUCUCGCCGUCGUUCGACCUCGUCCGACGACGCACCCUACCACUCAAUACCGGAUGCACCUUCAUCGACGGACCACAUCCUUCCUCACGCAAUACCAGAAACAGAACUCGACGUUGAAGAUGUAGAAGACGUCGAGACGGAGCCUGCACCCACUCAUCCCGUCGACCCGCGGAUACAGUGGAUACAUUUCAUACUGGGUUGUGCUGUCCUGCUGCCUUGGAACGUCAUGAUUACCGCAACACCUUAUUUCCUGUCGCGCCUCGAAGGCUCGCCCAUACGGAACACAUUCAGUUCCUACCUCUCCACCUCAUUCACAUUUUCCAACUUUGCCUUCCUAGCCCAUGCAACUGCGACUUCCACCAAGGCAAAAGCCGCCCCUCGAACCCACAUCACGAUCCUCACCCUCUCCUUCCUAUCUCUCCUCCUCACCCUCAGCACAUUCACCCACCUGCCCACCCCACUUUUCGUCGCUUUCAUUCUUCUUAACGGGAUAUGCCAAGCUGCUGCAGGUUCAUACCUUCAGACUGCUAUCGUCGCUGUCGCCAGUCUUUUCGGUCCAGCAACGAUGCAAGCUGUCAUGGGAGGGCAGGCAGCGGUGGCAGUGGCGGUGAGCACGGUACAAGUACUCAGUGCGGGAGCAAGCUUGCAUGCUCUACCACCGCCGCCUCCGGGAGGUCAUCCUAUCCCUGGUUCUCCUGCAGGUGGAACCGGAAGCGACGGGGAAGGUGGCGUAGAUUUGCUGGUGAGGGCUGUAAGAGCCGCUUCAGAGGGCGUCCAGACAUGGGCCGAGAGUGACGGUAAAGCAGAGGAAAAGUCUGCCAGGACGUUCUUCUUCCUCUCCACCGUAUUUCUCCUUCUAUGCGCGGUCGCGAACGCAUGGUUGACGCGCAUGCCGGAGUAUAAGGCUGUGGUGGCUCCCGUGGAUGAGCUCGGGAGUGGGUGGGCACACGGGAGGAGGUUGUCAACGGAUCUGACCGAGCAGAACCCGUUGUUCAGCCCGAGUAGUAGGGAUGGUAGUGGGGUAGUGGGUGAGAGGAUUAUGAGGAAGGAAGGGUGGAAGAGGAUAUGGAGUGUGGCGAAAAGAAAUGCAAUUUAUGAGGUUGCGGUAGCCUACGUCUUUGUCGUCACUCUCUCCGUCUUCCCACCACUAACCAUCUCCGUCCAACCGACAAACCCCAACACAGCCCCGCUCCUCUUCGCAUCCAUUCACUUCCUCGUGUUCAGUGCAGGGGACCUCCUCGGCCGCCAACUCUGUGCUUAUCCUCGUCUCCUAAUCUGGUCUUCGAGGAAACUUGCCAUCAUUUCUUCCCUUCGCACACUUUUCAUCCCUCUUUUCCUCGCCUGCAAUAUUCAACGCCCUUCACCAUCCUCCUCCUCCCUCUUGUCACGCGCACCUCUCGACCCUCUCGACCCCUCUUCAACACCGCUAAUAACCUCUGACGCUCUCUUCAUGUUCCUCCUCCUCCUCUUCGGCGCCUCUAACGGCUACGUCUCCUCGAUGUGCAUGAUGUCCGCACCAUCCGUCGAGCAUAACAAACGGCUCAAGGGAAGAAAGGAAGAAGUGGACAUCGCGGCGACAGUGACAAGCUUCUGUUUGGUUGGGGGACUGGUGUUGGGAAGCGUGAUGAGCUUCGGGGUUAGAGCAGCGGUUUGCAGGUGCAAUCCGUUCACGGUGUGAGCGGUUUCAACGUGCGGUAUGGGUAUAAAUUAUGGGUGGAGAACUGUUCGAGGUCGAGUGGGAGUCAGACUUGUUGACAGAAGUGCUCUACGUUGCAGAAGUCGACAGGGUGUUUCAAUGUGCGGGGACACUGGCACUCAGUGCAAGUCAUGAUUUAUUGGGGCAGUGGACGCUCGUGAAGCGAUAGAAUGAACACAAUACUGUAUUUUGAAUAAUGCAUC